AUGAAUGAUAACCUAACGAUCUUGCGCCGACGCCGAGCAAAGCUCGGUCGCCAAGGUACCAAGUUAUUCUUCUUCUUCUUCUCGCUGCCCAUUUCCCAAUCACUCGGGGUCGCGCGCAGUACAUCUUCUGUACUGCUGAUAGGAUUUGGCAAAAAGUAUAGCAAGAAACAUUUUUUAAUUCUAUCCCUAGCUUUAUUUGCAGCUAUCCUGGUUUGUCGCGCGUCGUUAUUUUUACUAAAGCUCAGCGGUGAACAGUUAUCAGAAUCACCGACUUGUAGUUGGGAAGAACAAUGUGUAGCUAAUUCAGCACUACCUGAACUGUCACAGUCCCUUACCAUGACCUCAUUGUCACCAUGUAGUGAAACAACAAGCUGGUGGCGAGCUGUUGAUGAGUGUGAACACAUGAGAUCUCCUGUUGAAAAUAACAUCUAUCCACCACCUCUGACCAUGCAUGACUCGAUGCUUAAAGUCGCUUCACUCAGUAUUUUCAAAAAAACGGACGACAUACUCUUU